AUGUCCGGAUACCUGAUCAACGAGCCUCACCCGACGGUGUCGCAGGACACGUACGUGCUGUCGGGGCGGGGCGGCGCGGGCAACUUUAUCCGGGCGCCGGCGACGACGCCGGCGUCGGGGGUGACGACGGCGGCGGUGACGAGCAACACGAGCAGCAGCAGCAGCAGCAGCAGCGCGCCGCGGUUCUACUCGGGGCGCGGCGGGGCGGGCAACGUGCACGCGGCGGCGGAGCGGCCGGUGCUGUCGUUCGACGAGGAGUUCGCGCACCAGCGGCACAUCGAGCAGAAGCCGGUCGCGCACGUCGGGCGCGGCGGCGCCGGCAACAUCUACAGCGCCGCCAAGGACAAGGACACCGACGCCUCCAGCCUGGCCAGCGCCAGCAGCGGCGCCAGCCUCACCAAGAUAUGGAGCCACCUGAGCGGCCGCCACUGA